AUCCCUUCCCCUCUAAGAAGCUGGCACUCGGGUGCAGAACAAUGGAGCAGGUCAGCAGCCGCUUGGACGACCUCCCCAUCAAUAUGUUUUCUGUCACUCCUUACACACCCAGCGCCGCUGACAUCCAGGUGUCCGACGACGACAAGGCAGGGGCCACCUUGCUCUUCUCAGGCAUCUUUCUGGGACUGGUGGGGAUCACGUUCACCGUCAUGGGCUGGAUCAAAUACCAAGGGGUCUCCCACUUUGAAUGGACCCAGCUCCUUGGGCCCAUCCUGCUGUCAGUCGGGGUGACGUUCAUCCUGAUAGCCGUGUGCAAGUUCAAAAUGCUGUCUUGUCAGAUGUGCAGAGACAGUGAGGAGAGGGUCCUGGACUCUGACCAGACACCAGGAGGACAGUCGUUUGUUUUCACGGGCAUCAACCAGCCCAUCACCUUCCACGGGGCCACCGUGGUGCAGUACAUCCCUCCUCCCUACGGGUCUCAGGAGCUGAUGGGGAUGAACACCCCCUACCUGCAGCCGGGGGUGAACCCCUGCGGUCUCAUAGCCUCCGGAGGGGCAAUGGCUACCAUGCCAAGUCCCCCCCAGUACUACACCAUCUACCCUCCAACUAACGCGGCGUUUGUGGAUGACGAGGACCACCCUUCCUUUGUGGAAGGUGGGAGUGACAGGCCCAGCCCUGAUGCUGAUGGGCUGGAAGAGACACAGCUGGAAAACGAGGCCUGUGCCUGCUUUGCCCCUCCCCCCUAUGAGGAAAUCUACUCGCACCCUGACUAG